CACUUAACUAGUAUAUGCAUUUCACUGCUGAGACACACAGCCAGCUGGCCCUUUUAUGCAGCCGAACACCAAAACCAUCCUUCCCUCUUCUCAGUGCUCUUGUAGCCCAGAAUAGGUUGUAAGAUGAGCCUAAAGGACAGAAUAAAUGAAGUUGCAUGUAGCAAUCCUGACAGCUAUAGCCAGGAAAGGAUUGGAAAUAUGCCACUGAUCACCCUUAAUGUUGGUGGAUAUCUGUACAUCACUCAAAAGACAACAUUAUCCAAGUAUGUGGGCUCCUAUCUCGAAGCAAUGGUGAAUGGUAAAAUUCAAUGUCCCUUUGAUAUAGAUGGGAAUUACUUCAUUGACAGAGAUGGACUGAUUUUCAGGCACGUCCUCAACUUCUUAAGAAAUGGAGAACUGCUGCUUCCAGAAGGGUUUCAGGAAAGUGAACUCUUGGCAAAGGAGGCAGAAUUUUAUCAACUUAAGGCAUUAACUGAUGCUAUAAAAGCUAAACAAGAAAAGGCACAGCAGACACAAGCAGAACCAUCUGAAAUCACUUACCUGGAAAUAACAGACAGUCAUGAUCGUUCUCAGGGCCUCCGGAUCUUUUGCAACUCUCCAGACUUUAUUACCAAAAUGAAAUCCCGCAUUGUCCAGGUAUCAAAAAGUAGACUUGAUGGGUUCCCAGAGGAGUUUUCUGUGUCUAGCAACGUAAUUCAAUUCAAAUACUUCAUAAAGUCAGAAAAUGGCACCAGGCUUGUACUCAAAGAAGACAACACCUUUGUUUGCACUCUAGAGAUACUUAAGUUUGAAGCCAUUAUGAUGGCUUUUAAGUUAAAGUUUCGGCUUCUAACCAACCUUGACUGCUCAAAGGGUUCAAUUGUUCAUUCUGACGCUCUUCAUUUUAUGAAAUAAUUUAUUCUACUUCUGCAACAGCUAUCGCAAGCUCCUGGGAAGAAACUACACAACGUCCCCUGAAAGGCUGCUUUACCUAACCUACUGUUGUGAUUUUUUUGCCAAUAACUGCUAUGUACAACUUCAUUAGGAAAGCUAAGCGUCCUUAAGCUGUUUAUGCAAAACAGAGAGCUUGGAGCUUGUGUAUGCUGAACACAUUGCACAGUGUCUUCAGACUGACGGCACGGAAUCUUGGCAGCUUCUCAUAUGUGCUGCGCUGGGUUUUAUUUAUUUUGUCAUAAAGUACUUCUGCCAUAAAAUUUGAUUAGAUUUAUUAUUCAGUUGAAUGCGGUGGACCAAAGUAUUAAAACAUCUUUUAUUACCAAGGUGACAAAGCAAGUAACAGUUAAUUUGAUUUUAGUGAAAGAAAUACAAAAAUCUCACUAGAUUUAGAAUGCAUUAAAACAGCCAAAUGGUAACAUGUACCACCACACAUUAAAUAUUGAUAAUGGAUAGUUAAGAAAUAUUUAUGUUGUGCACUAAAUGUUUACCUUAAAAUACAAUUAAUGAAAAGUAAAUUACAGUAGAUUCCUGGCAUUCAGUAUAACGAUUUCUGUUGUUAUUGUGUAUCUGGUUUAGCUUUGUUUAAAAAAAAAGCUGACUUUUCAUACCACAUCAUGCAGUUUUUUUAAAUGAUUUCCGAAAUUAAAAUACAGAAUUUAAUGUCCUGAGUGAAGUUACUGUUAGCAAUGUGAGCAGUAAAAUAACAUUUUUAUCGAUCUGCAGUAUAACUGUAUGACUUUGUGUUUGUCAUGACUUCCUCACAAGUCAAGAAGUUGUCUGUACCUGGAUACUUCCAGACUACUUUUGUAGCUGCUGACAGACCUGUUCUUUCUUAAACUGAUUUGGGGUUGUGCCAAUAUGGGACUGUUUGCCUGCUCACUGCAAUACAAAGUACCCCAUUUUCCUCCCUGCUACCCUAACUACUUACUGAGGAUUACAGAGCAUUAAUUCAGCUCAUUACCUUCAAAGCAAUAAGCAGAGUGGCGUAAGCUAUCAAACUCAUUCUGUAUCAGAAUAGUAGAACUUGUUGAAGGACUGAGUCAAGGGAUUUCACACAGCAAGAGAAUGAUGCCUUGAUGCAAAAUAUGGGAUACACACAAUAGAAUCAGUUAGUGUUUUUACCUCAGGAGAAUAAUACAUUUUCUAGAAUUCUUUUACCAAUCACAUUUUGAAUCUCUGAAGCAUAUCUCAGAGAUUAUGUACAUGGACAGGAGAUUAAUAAAGUUGAUCAACUUACUGACCAUAUAAUUCCAUAUGGGCUUUUCCAUUCUGUCACUGCUUAUCAAUGAGAAAAUUUAACAUAUUAAGUUAAUA